UUCUAAGAGUCCUGAUUAUGUCCCAUCUGUCAACAUGGGAUACCACACACCACUCCGAAGCCUGGAUUGGUAUAACAGACUCCUGGGUCGCAAAUCAGUGCAGCCUGUCAAGCGACAACUUCCCUUCGAAGACUCACAAAGCCGGGCAACAGAUACAACCGCUGCAGAGGCUCUGCUAGAAAUGUCAUCUUCAAGAUCCCCAUCCCCAGAUGAAAAUGACCAAGGUAAUGGCCACGAGACAUUCAUCAAGUUGCUUGCCGAAGCAAAUAUCAAGGUCAAGAUGGUGACCCAAGAGCUCAACCGACUCACUCUUGAAAACCACAGUCUUCAAACAGCGAGGGUUUGCACCAGGUAUACACGACUGAACGAAGAGGAAAUCAAGUUCUACACAGGACUGCCUUCCAGUGCGGCAUUUGUGUGGCUUGUGAGCUAUGUAAGAGACGUUCUCCCUAAAUCAAAUUCUUUGACAAGUGAGGAUGUUCUUCUACUGGUUCUUAUGAAAAUAAGAAUCAACCCGCCACAGAGGGACAUUGCAUUCAGGUUCGGGAUCUCAGAUACAACAUUAACAACUUACUUUGAUGUCGCUAUAUCUGCCCUUGCUAAAAAGUUAGUGUUUCUAGUGAGGUGGCCAGGUAAAGAAGAACUUAUGUCUUGUCGGCCACAAUGUUUUAAAGAAACAUUUCCAAGAUGUGUGUCAGUAAUUGAUUGCACGGAGAUAUUCAUUGAGGCCCCAGCUGACUUUGAAGCCAGGAAUGCUACGUACAGUACGUAUAAACACAACAACACUCUGAAAUACUUUGUCAGUUACUGAGUAUAACACCAGCUGGAAGUGUGUCGUUUGUGUCCAAAGGCUACCCUGGAAAAACGUCAGACAAGAUCUUGACAAAUGACUGUGGAUAUUUAAACUUCAUCGAGAGCGGUGAUGUUGUGUUAGCAGAUCGCGGGUUUCUCAUUGCGGAUGAACUGAAUGAGCUUGGUGCAGAGCUUGUGAUACCCGCAUUUACUCGUGGAAAGACACAACUCAGUGCGCCAGAGGUUGAAAGGGGGAGGAAGAUUUCCAACGUACGAAUACAUGUUGAACGGGCUAUGGAAAGACUAAAAAACUUUCGAAUCCUGUCAGACAAGAUGCACUCGAAUCUGGUUCCACAUGCAGACAGUAUAUUUACAGUUUGUGCUGCGUUGGUCAAUCUGCAUCCAAAUUUAGUAAACUGACCUGCAAAAGCCAAGAGAACACCUUUGGUAUCUAGGGUACUAGGGUAUUGAAUAAGGAUUUAACGUUACAACUGAAGCGGUAUAAUUAAAAUCUGUUGGGCACGCAGUUUUUAUUUAAUUUAAAUCAUUGACUGCUUAAAUUAUAAGACAGCCCAAAAAGAUGUGCACAAGGAUCUAACAAAUUGAUUAAAAUACAUGUACUUUGAUUCACAUGCUUUGUUAAUACAAUAAAUCUUAAUUAUGUUCUUCACAAUUGCAUGGAAUAUAAAAGGAUGCUCUGUAUUGUGCAUGUGCUUCUAACCAUA